AUGAAGGGCCAGUUGGUGGGUCUUUGGACAGGGAGGACCCCUUCCCUGCUGCAGGUGCGGGGUGCCCUGCAAAGUUCGGCGGCGGCGGAUGGAGGCGGGUCUGCGCCCAGCCUGGGGCCGGGAAGCUCCAUCCCCCGGAGAGGGAGGAGCUGCUGCCCUGGUGGGGCAGGUGGGGGGAGCCUGGGCCCAGGUGUGUCCGGGGCUCUGGGAAGUGAUUGCUCCCUGGCGGACGCAGGCAAAUUAAAGCAGUCUUGGCCCCAGGAUACCGCUCUGGGAAGCCGCGUUCGUCUCCCAAAGGAUCCGUCGGUUCUUCGGAGGAAGGCCAUGGAAGGGGAAGGGUUAAGAAACUUCAAGGAACUUCGAGCCAAAUUUCAAAAGUUUGAUGUGCCCUCUCUUCCAAGACCUAUAUUCCCAGCAAGAAUUUGUCAAAAGAGCGAUAUUGGAAACACACAGUCAACAGGUGUUUUGGCCAAUGAGAAACCCCUCUCCUCCAACCACAGUCAGCUCCCACUGUAUUGUUCUAGCGGUGAACCCCAGCCUCUUCAACCCCAGGAAACGAAGUCCUCCCAGAGGAGCAAGAUUCAGAGAUGUUCUGAUUCCUCAGAACCUCCAGAAGGGUCUACUGAUUCUGCAGUAAAGCCACAGAAGACGUCUCUGCUGUUAGACGUGAAUCAGUCAAAUGCUGACAUAACCCAUGAGAGGAGUGUCAUGGUAACUGACAGCUUCAAAGACAAGCUCUGGAAUUGGGAGAAGGUUUCAUCUCAGAAAAGUGGGAUGUCUUCAGCCUUUGUCCUUGCCAGUCGUGGAAGAAGGGCCUUCCAUCUGGAGGAGGAGAAAAGCAUAGGGCUUGCUCCAGAGGAGCCCAGGGGGAAGCUAGAAACAGGAGGAGCCCAGACCCUUCCUUCCCAGAAGCACUUGAUGACCCCCCAAAAUUCACUUGCCUCCUUUCAAGAUCCUACUUGUCUACUUUUUCAAUGUGGCAGGAAGAGCCUAGAAAGCCCCUAUCCUGAGAGGAGCCCCGUGGGGAACACCUGCCAGCCUGUCUAUGAGAGUGAACUUGCCAUCCAGGUCCCCGAGAAACAGCCAGAUGGCAGGCAUCACCAACUUCUCAAAACAAAGCCACUGCCUUCCAUCAAGUCCCUGGGUCCUCCUCCCCCAAAGCCUCCGAAGCCCCCAGCCGUGAACCUCCAGGCCUUCCAGAGGCAGGCAGCUGUAAUUGCUAAGACCCACACAGAAGCAGCUGUGGAAGAGGGCUGCCUGCCUCCAGAGAGUGCUGAAUUUGAAGAACCACGUAAUUAUGAGGCGACAAUUUCAUAUCUGAAACACUCUGGCAACUCCAUUAACCUGUGCACCGCAAAAGAAAUUGCUGAUUCAACUUACGAAGUCGAAAUUGAAGAACUGCGAAAGCCUUGGAAGAGUGGUCUCCGUGGAGAAUUUAGCCCUACACAUGAAGAUGAAGGUAAAAAAGAGAAGGAAAAGGAGCUGUGUGAAUUGGAACCUCGAAAACCAGAAAGGGAUCUACCUUCAAGCCGUCUUUUCGAGGGAGCUGCCUCUGGAGGGAUGCUGGGAAGAAACAAGGUGAUGAAGGUCCACGGAGGCAGCAGGAGCCCGCUGCCCGGGAAACAGGACACUGGGAGCAUCAUCGCUGUCCAGACAAAGCCCCGCCCCCAUGACCCAAAGCUGGCCAGACACUCCUUAAGCCACGGUGGGUAUGUGGAGGCCUUGGAGGUCACUAAAGAAAUGCCAGGCCAGGGGGCCUGGAAGCCUCGCUCCAUCUCAGAGGAGACAUACGACGAUGUUGAGUGCCCCAGCAGAGGGAGGACAAGGUCAGAUUUCUCUAGCUCAUUUGCUUCAGAUGAUGAAGAAAAUAGCCAAGAAGUGUAUGAAGAGGUCUACAAAACAAAAGGCAACUACCCAAAAAUAGACUUAGACGGAAAAGAAGCCCUUAAAAGACUGCAGAAAUUCUUGAAGAAAGAAAAGAACAGAUUUAAAAUGAAGAAAAACAAGUUGAAAGAAAAUGUAAGUGCAUUUUCCAUUUCGCUGCCUGAUUUAGAACUUAGGUCUCAGGAAGUUAUUAUCUAUGAUAACGUCGAUAUAAAUGAAAAAGAAUCCAGAAAUGAAGAUAAGCUAAAAACUUGGAAGCCCAAGUUUUUUAUGGCAAAGGAAAAGAAAGAGAAAAAAGGUGUUGAAGAAUCUGAAAGAAAUUUCUUUAGAAGCAAGAAGCAAAACUUAGAAAAGAUCAGAAUGGAAAAAGAAGAAAAACGUUUUAGAGAACAAUUUGAGUAUGAUAAAGAGAUUACUGUCAUCAACACAGCAGUGGCAUGUUCCAGGAAUUCAAGAAAUGGAAUGUUUGAUUUGCCAAUAACCCCUGGAGAAGAACUGCAAGUCAUUGACACCACUGAAGAAAAUCUAGUGAUUUGUCGCAAUUCUAAAGGCAAAUAUGGAUAUGUACUACUUGAACAUCUAGAUUUCAAGCAUCAAGGUUGGUCGCCUUAGGAAGAUGAAGCUCCAGGGGCAGGGGCUCCACUAGGAAGGACUAAUCUGAGACCUUAGUUCUGCCUCACCUGUUUCAGUUCACAGGUCAAUUAGGAUGGUGGGAUCUGUGGAACUGGAGAAGAGA